GGAAGCACAAGAUCCAUGGGCAGUAGACCCGAGAGCUUCCCUAUCAGAAAUAAACAAGAUAUCGCCUAGUAAUUACUUGGAAAAUGAUCAAAACCCCUUCGAAUAUGAGCAAUCGCAGAGGCCGACACCCUUAGCAACACAACCAAUGCACCCACGCUCGCUAUCGAAUGAUAUUUCAGCUGCACAGUCAGAUAGGCAUCAGGACGAUACAUUAAUAGCCACUCUAUUAGUAGACUUCCAUCAUAACUUUGGCCCUAUCAUUGAAUAUUGCCAUCCUAAGGAUACAAUCACUGAUAACGAUUUUACACGUCUACUUCCAUUCCUUGCUUUACCAGAUGGUGCACAUAUGACCCAGGAAGACUUCUCCUACUUUCACCUGAAACCUCCAGCUGACGGUAGUCUUGGUAACAACACUAUAUUUGGGAUAAGCUGCAAUAGACAACUCAAAUCAAGCGAGUUGCUAGAACGCGAUAGUCAUGUUACACGUUCUAUUGUUCAAAAAGCAAUCGUCGUACUCACGACUAAACCUGUUUUUGGUCCAAUUAGGGAUAAACUAGGUGUUAUCACACGCGCUUUCUUCUCACAGAGGAACUUCAGCGAACUCCAACUACUCGUACAAUUUCAUCAAUCACUCCAACACAGUCUAUCUGGAUACACAAACCAGGCUGUUCUUAAUUCCGGUACUAAUUUACAUGAGCUUGUUCUUAAAUUCAAGAACAAGACGUUGACACUCCUCAAAUUGCUCCUUUUGCAAAAGAGAAUACUCUUUUUUGGAUAUAGACCUCUGUCAAAACACCCAGAAUACCCAGUCGAGCGGUUGUGUAACUUUCAAUACUCUUUGAUCUCACUUAUACCUAAUCUCCUACACGCAUUGUCGCAAGCAGCAAGUCCCGAUAUACCUACCACGUUCGGUUCGAAAAAUAUCCCACCUACAUCCUUACGCACAACAGACAGGGAGAGUCUACUACAAUACGCUGGUAUGCCCCUCGAUUUGUUUGGUAAAGGUGCUUUCUUUCAGCCUUACAUGCCUCUCCAGCAGAUUGAUAUGCUGACAUCAAAAGAUACAAGCUCUUUCUUAGUUGGAACAACGAAUGCAGUCUUUACUCAGCAAAAGAAUCUGAAAUUGGAUGUAGUUGUAAACAUAGAGACUGGUGCUCUAGAUAUUCAAACACCAGGUUUGGAGAAAAUAGUACAACCAACAUAUCAGGAUAGAAAAUGGAUGGAUGAAAUCGUUACUUCUGUUACAAAUACUCAUCAUAGACAAAGCAACUUUAAUGGUGGCGGCCCUGUCAGUUUUGUCGAUAGCGACGAUUGGCUUAGGGCCAAGUUUGAAGAUUACAUUUGCUCAGCGCUGGCGUCAAUUAAGUACGUAGACUAUGUCAAAUACGGUGGUGCUGCUGUCAAGCGUAAUGAAGGUCCCUUGGCUGGUAACAAUUACGAAAAGAAUCCUACCCAGUCAUUUGGUGAGGGAUUCGUGAAUACGAUGCGACAAUCCACCGCCUUCAUAGACUGGAAUAUGCGUACGGAUGUCGCGCUAUUCGACCUAAUUGAACCUCGACACCCAUACAAUUCUGGGAACAGCCUCGGAAUGCGUCUAAGCGAGGGUCUCAACGAUUUGCACGCCAGAUUACCCGAGAGGAGAGGGUCUAGCGAUAGCAGCAACACAUCAAAGAAUGCAUCAUCGAUGAAAAGCACACUAGGUGGUUUCGGAGCAUACAUAGCAGGAAAAGCGCGCAAUUCUCUACCUGCGUCUAAAUCGUCAUCGUCUAUAGCGCCACCACCAAAAGACGACGAGGCUGAGAGUGCAUGGCAGAGUCCGUUUUCUGCUAAAUAA